AUGCCACCCCAGUGUGCUUCCCACCGAGGUCAACCAAGCAUGCAAGUUGAUCGAUUUGGGAACCGAAGCCAAAGUAAGCCAGAAGUGAGGAGAGCCAUCCAUAGUGUGAAAGUAGGAGUUGCCUUGGUCGUGAUUUCCCUCUUAUACCUCCUCGAUCCACUGUAUAACCAAGUUGGGGAGAAUGCCAUGUGGGCUAUCAUGACCGUUGUUGUGGUCUUUGAGUUCUUUGCAGGUGCAACGCUGGGCAAGGGAGUAAACAGAGCAAUUGGAACUAUAUUAGGGGGUGGUCUGGGAUGCAUAGUAGCAUUGCUGGGUGAUGCACUUGUUGGUGGAGUUGGAAACGCCAUUUUUGCUGCCACUUUUGUCUUUGUUUUUGGUAUAGCGGCAACAUAUGUUCGGUUAAUACCGAGGAUUAAAAGGAGGUAUGACUAUGGAGCCAUGAUUUUCAUCCUCACCUUCAACCUUAUUGUGGUGUCGGGCUGGCGCGCCGAUGAGGUCAUCCGGUUAGCACGCGAACGCCUAGUGGACAUCGGCAUAGGGUUGGCCGUCUCUGUUUUCACCAGUGUUCUAGCCUUUCCCAUGUGGGCUAGUGAUGAGCUUCAUUUCUCCAUCGCCUCCAAGUUUGAUAAGCUUGCUUCUUGUGUUGAAGGAUGCUUGGAGGAGUAUUUUAUAUCGGUGGAGGAAAAGGAAAACCGAUGUAAAGCCAAUUCUUCAGGGUGUGAAUCGGUGUUGAACUCGAAGUCCAAUGAUGAGACCCUGGCAAAUUUUGCAAGAUGGGAACCAUGGCAUGGAAAAUUCGGGAUAUUCUAUCCCUGGGAUAAGUACCUAAGGAUUGGAGAUGUUCUUAGAGAGCUUGCUGCUACCCUUGCUUCUUUAAAAGGGUGUCUCCAAUCUCCUAGGCAGCCCAUGCAGUCUCAGAGGCAGCUAAUGAAGCAACCACUGGAAGAAGUUGGGUCAUCCCUAGCAUGGACUCUGGGAGAGCUAGGACAGAGAUUUAUGAAAAUGGAAAAGAGCCAGCCCAAAGCCCUCAUACCAUCUAAAUUGCAGGCAAUUAAAGAGGAGCUUACCCUUGUGACUUCUGCUUCCAAGCUAGAAGGCAGUGAAGGGCUUGCCAUGUCUACCUUUGUGUUCUUACUCAUGGAGAUAGUAGACAAGGUGGAGAUACUAGCGAAAGAAGUUGAAGAACUUGGCUCAGUCCGAGGUGACCCAAACACCAAGAUCUCGAGGGUUCUCUGCAACUCCCAGACCUACUCAGCGGGAGAUCCUUUUGCCAUUAGCUUAGCCUAUGUUAUUGCGGACUUAGAGGCUGUUACCCCGACAAGGAAAGGCUACGACUAUAAGAACAUCUCUCCCUACCCUAACUCUUUUGCCUAUGGCCACGCCGCCUGCAAUACCAACCUUACAAGCCCCGACUGUGGCACAUGCCUCCAGGCUGCCAAGACAGCCAUGUUCCAGGGCUGUAAUAGCCGGAUCGGGGCUCAGACUGCGCUCAUCGACUGCAAAAUUAGGUAUGAGCAAUACCCAUUUGAUGAAUAA